GGCCCCGGGGGCCCCGGCACUCAGCUCCCCGGCCCAAGAGCAACGCCUGCCCCUCGUCCGGUCCCGCUCUCGCUGCCAGCUGCCAGGAGAGGCGAUGGCCAGAGGAUGGGGUGUCCCACUGGCGCUGCUGGCAGUGCUGACCCUGCAGGGCGCGGGGGCCGUGAAAGUGCGGAACGUGUUGAUCCAGGCCGAAUUCUACCAGCGGGCUGAGACGCUGCAGCAGGAGGGCGGCGAGUUCAUGUUUGAUUUCGAUGGGGACGAGAUCUUCCACGUGGACCUGCAGAAGACGGAGACCGUCUGGCGCCUGCCCGAGUUCGGGAACUUCGCCACCUUCGAGGCGCAGGGAGCUCUGCAGAACAUGGCGGUAUCAAAACAGAACUUGGAGAUCAUGAUUCAAAGGUCCAACCGCUCGCAGGCCACCAUCGUGCCACCUGAGGUGACGGUGUUCUCCGAGGACCCCGUGGAGCUGGGGGACCCCAACAUCCUGAUCUGCUACGUGGACAAGUUCUGGCCAUCCGUCAUCACCGUCACGUGGCUGAGGAACGGGCAGGUGGUGACGGACGGCGUCCUCGAGACCGUUUUCUACCCACGGGAGGACCACAGCUUCCGCAAGUUCUCCUACCUGCCCUUCAUCCCCACCCGGGGGGACUACUACGACUGCCGCGUGGAGCACUGGGGGCUGCCCACCGCCCUCCUGAAGCACUGGGAACCCCAGGUGCCCCUCCCCGCCUCCGAGAGCACCCAGACCCUGGUGUGCGCCCUGGGCCUGGCCGUGGGCAUCGUCGGCAUCAUCGCGGGCACCAUCCUCAUCAUCAAGGCCAUGAAGAUGAACAGCGCCCGCAACCAGCGGGGCGUCUUGUGAGGGGGCAGGGCCCAUGGUGCCCUCCCAGCCCUCCAGCCCCCACCAGCCCUCGCCCUCACGUCCCAGCUGCGUCCCCACCGCCAAGCCCUGCGCCCCACACCCCUGCCCCGAGCCCCCCCCCGCCCCACCGCUGCCCCCUUGCCGUCCCCCGUGGGCACCCCACUGACCGGGGGCUCUGCCUUCCCAGGUUCUGUGGUGCUUCCGAGCAGCAGUAAAGGUGGUUGGGGACA